GCGCAUCCAAUGGUCAGCGACUGAGCAAAUAACUCAAGAAAACCAACCUCCCACGGGAACGCAAAGCACUCGCAGUCACUCUCACGACCACCACCACCACCGCCAGGCAGGCAGGCAGGCGGUAACGUGUGAUGAGAAGUGCAUGUAGGAGUGAACAAUCAACGAGGGCCCAGUGCUAAGUGCGCAGACGAACGAGGCGGCGUGGGAGUGAGAGAGCUUUGUGUUGUGUGUGUGGGGGGGGUAGAGGAGAGCUUUGGCUUCUGGUCUGGGGAGAUGGACGCUGCCCGUGCCCUGCUUCUCGUCCUGCUCCUCACGCCGCUCGCCUGCUGCUCCACGGCUCCAGGAGAGGAAUAUUCAGAUAUAUUUGCAAUCCAAGUUCCGGACGUGGGUGGAUGCCUCGUGGGAGAGUCCUCAGGGCUGGGCUUGGUAGGGAGCUGUAACUCAUCGGAGCCUGCUCAGCAGUGGAAAUGGGUGUCUCGACAGCGACUUUUCAACUUGGGGAUGUCUCGCUGUCUCGGGGUGGCUCCGGUGCAACCGAGUAGCAGUAUUGCAAGUAUAUCACCCAACUUGAACGCAUCAGAAACGGACUCUGAAGAUGAUCAGACUGAGCACCCAGCCUUAUAUGAAUGCGAUGUGGAGGAAAUGCAGCUGCGUUGGGCAUGUGGAGAUGAUGAGCAGCUGAUCAUUCCACACAGAGGGAAGCUCAGUCUGCAUGGAGCCAUUGGUGCCCAGGCUCCAUUUGAGCUGCACCCUAAGAAUGGAACGCGACUGCUGAUCUAUGGCACUCAGGAUCACCUGUGCUUACGACCGUACCGUGAAAUAUAUACUAUCCAAGGGAAUUCCCAUGGUCGGCCAUGCGCUAUCCCGUACAAGUAUGACCACCGGUGGUAUCACUCCUGCACAGGGGAUGGGCGUGAUGAUUGGCAUCUGUGGUGCGCCACAUCAGCCGACUAUGGCACCGAUGAACUUUGGGGCUUCUGUCCUGUCAAGCUUCCGGACUGCAGUGUGUUCUGGGACACGGAUCCUGUGACUCGAAACUGCUACCAGUUUAAUGUGCAUGCUGUGCUUUCAUGGCACGAGGCGCGCACCAGCUGCCUCCAGCAAGGCUCCGACCUCCUUAGCAUCACGGAGAUGCACGAGCAGACCUACAUUGCUGGCUUUCUGAAUGGUUUUGGAGCAAUUAUGUGGAUUGGACUCAAUGACUUGGACUCGGAUGGUGGCUGGCAGUGGUCUGAUGGCUCUCCGUUAAAGCUCCUUAACUGGGACCAAGGACACCCUUCAGAAACGGAUGGACAGAACUGUGCCCUUCUCCGUGCCGAGUUUUUCAGCAAGUGGCAAACCAAGGAGUGUGCGGCUGCACUGCCCUAUGUUUGCAAGAAACGCCUCAAUAUCACCUCCGUACAGAUACCCAACGAGAGCUGGGAGAAUCGACCGACCGUGUGCCCUCGCGGCUGGGUACCAUUCAACGGAAGCUGCUUUUGGCGCGAUGCAGAGAAACGAACGUGGCAGGAUGCAUUGGCACGAUGCCGGUUAGGAGGUGGCGACCUUCUGAGCCUACACGGCUUGGCAGAUGUCGACUUCCUAGUUCAGCAUGUGCUUAGUGAUAGUGAAGAGGUGUGGUUGGGUCUUAAUGACCUCAAGACGAAGAUGGUGUUUGAAUGGUCUGACUUCACGCCGGUCACCUUCACGUUCUGGCAUCCUCGCCAUCCACACAGCCGCCCAGGAGAGGGCUGCGUCUCUCUCUGGGGCAAGGAAGGUCGUUGGAAAGAUGGACCAUGCGAUGCCAAGAAGGCGGCUGUGUGCCGGGCACCGGGAAGUUUGUCAGACGCCCAGCCCGACUCGCAGGAGGGCGGCGGCACAACGGAAUGCCCCAAGGGCUGGGAUUUCCACAACGGAUUCUGCUACCUCAUUGGCGAAGAGCUGACCGACUUCCAGAAUGCGUGGACACGCUGUUCCCAGCAGCAGGCCACCUUGGUGUCCGUCAUGAGCAGGUUUGAGCAGGCGUUUGUGAGCAGUCUGGUUGGGCCACGCGUAGGUGACUCAUUUUGGACGUCUCUGCGAAACACGGGUGGCUUGGACAGUUUCCGCUGGCUGGGUGGGGAGCACGUGACCUUCACCAACUGGAACCGAAAUGAGCCAGCUCACAGGGGAGAGUGCGUGGUCAUGGUGACUGGGGUAGCAGCUGGCCUGUGGGAAGUGCACGACUGCGUCUCGUUCCGUGCCAAGCGCGUGUGCAAGAAAGUGAGCAAGAUAUCUGGGACAGAGCAAGGGGGCUCCCUCGCGCCGGACCCCACUCCCAGCCUCACCGGGCAGUGCCCACUUCGAUGGGAUUCCAUAGCCACCCUUCCGUACUGCUACAGGUUGCUGCACUUUGCAGAUGCGGGGAACAUGAAGUCAUGGGAGGAAGCGGAGGGGUAUUGCCGAGAGCUGGGGGCCACACUGCUGAGCCUGAGGGACCCAGCUGAGGGUCGAGCCGUCUCCACGCUCAUCCGUGGCCUCCUGGGAGAAUCUGGAGAACAAAACGAGCGGUGGCUCUGGAUUGGACUGAAUAGCCGCAAUCCGGGACUUAUCAAAUCAUGGAAAUGGAGUGAUGGCACUGCACUGUCGUUCUCGGAUUUUGAAGAGGGCCAUGCGGAGGACGACGAGGCUGUGCGGGAUUGCGCCGCGUUGGGCUCGCGGGGGAAGCAGUGGCGCAAGCUGCGGUGCGACACGCGCCUCGAGUGGAUUUGCAAGAUUCCCAGAGGUUCCAAAGGAGACAAGGAUGAAAUCCCACUGAGCGGCGACACGCAGUGGCUGCAUCACCAGGGCGCCGAGUACCUGUUUGUGCAGCAACCCUUGAGCUGGAUCCAUGCCCGCCUGUCCUGCACGCUGAUGGGCGGCGAGCUGGCCUCCGUGCGUGACAGGGCCGAGUUUCUAUACCUGUUGCACACCAUGCAGAAGCUGUCAAAGGCCUCGCUGCAGCAGUGGUGGAUUGGACUCAGCAUGCUGGAUGGUGACAGUGAGCUUCAGUGGUCGGAUGGUUCGUUGUUGACGUUCAUGGCAUGGGCAGAAAACAGACCGAAUGCAGCCCGCAAAUUCCAGACCUGCGUCUACAUGUCUGCCAACAAGGGUACUUGGGGGGACAUGCGCUGUGGGAUGAAGCUGCCAGCAGUGUGCAAGCGCUGGAAUGUCACAAUGUCAGUUCCAAUGACUCCUCUACACCCUGCCACGUCGGCCUGGGGGAACUGUCCUGAUGGCUGGCAUGUGUUUGGAGAUAAGUGCUUGGGAUUUGUGGAUGGGCCUGGGCAGGCCAGGACGUGGAUGGGUGCUAAGGAGUACUGCGAGAGCCAGGAUGCAACCCUGGCCACCAUUGCAAACCAUCUCGAGCAAGCAUUUAUCAUCUUGAAAUUGGCACCGGGACAAGACAGCUACUGGGUGGGACUGCAUGUGCGUGCGAGCGUGGGAGCAUUCACAUGGCUGGAAGAACGCAAUGUUACAUUCACCAACUGGAUGCACCCUGCUUUGGUCAAGACAGACAAAGCAGACCAAGGGAGCAAUGACAAGGGUGACUUUGUGAGUUGCGUGAUGGUGUGGAAUGGCCCUCCACUCCAUUUUACCGGCAAGUGGGACAGCCGGAACUGCGUGCAGGAGGAGCACAACUUUAUCUGCCAAAAAUACAAAGACCCGGCACUUCCAUCACCGUCGCCGAUCCCAGACCCGCUCGCUGUGGACACACUGCGGAUGGAUAAUGUAACGUACACGAUGGUGCUGUACAGCCUGUCGUGGCCUGAGGCGGCGUGGCUGUGCGAGCGCCGUGACACGGUGCUGGCCAGCAUCAUGGACCCGCGACACCAGGCGUUCCUCACACUCGUGCUCGACCGCGUGGCAUCGCCGCUCUGGAUCGGCCUCUCCAGCUUUGAUUCAGGUGACUUAGGCUACGAAUGGAUUUCUGAUGAUCACGUUCCCUACACACACUGGAUGCGAGGCGAGCCCCAGACGAUCGAGGGCUGCGUCUAUAUCGAUCGUGACAGCUGUUGGAAGGUGACAGGCUGCAAGACGCUCCUCAAGGGUGCCAUCUGCAUGAGUCGACAAGAAGCGGUUCCCGUUAAGAGUGCCAUCCAGGGGCAGUGCCCGCACUCCAUCAACAGCUCGUCCUGGUUGCCUUUUCGUGGAAACUGCUACGCCUUCUAUCCGGAGCGCACCACAUACCAGGAUGGUGCAUCACAGGCCUGUGCCUCCAUCCAUCCCCAGGCCAAACCACUGUCCAUUCAGGAUGAGCAGGAGAAUACCUUCGUGUGGGAAAACCUGCAGCCCUACCAACAGCACAUAUCAAGCAUCUGGCUCAGCCUCAGCUAUGACACUGAUGUUGGUGACCUGCGCUGGGAGGAUGGCUCACAGCUCCGCUACACCAACUGGGCGCACGGCGAUCCACAGGGCCUCAUGGAUGCCGAUCUGUGUGCGUGGAUGGUCACAAAUACUGGGAAGUGGGAGCUGGUUACAUGCACCACCCCCGGCCUUGGCCUCAUAUGCAAGAUGCCUCGAGUGAAAGAUUCAGAUCACAGCACCCAUAUGAAAAUCAAGACGUACGGCUUUCUUCUGGAUGUCUUGGGCCUUGUCCUCAUGUUGUUGGGCGUGGUUGGGGCUUUCUUGCUCAUCUGCUGGAUAUACCGCAGUCGGCGACGCCGCCGCAACGAAGCCCGCAGGCUCCGUGGAGACUGCGCCAGUGACAGUCCUGGCACGAGGGGACCACAGGGCUGUUCCACUUUCCAGAAUGCACUAUAUACACGUGGAGGUGGCGGUAGCCGGGCUCUAGAGGGAAGCGGUAGUGAUAGAAAUCUCCUGGUGAGUGAAAUCGAAGUCAACGAAGCUAUGGAUUAGCUCAGUGAAUGAUCGUCUUUGUUGUCGUUUCCUUUAUUACUUGUGCUCUGCUUGUUAACAGCGACAGCUGUAAUAGGACUGGAAGUAUAUAUUUUUUUAUCACCGAAUAGGACAGCGUACAUUUUAAAAGGCAAAAUCAUGUCUUAUGCUAUCGAAAAUAAUUGUUAAAGAUCAAGUAAAUGGUACAUUUUUACAUUUCACCAUCGUAAAGUUACGAUGUGUUAUCUUCUAGAGGUAUGAAAAUAUACAGGUUAAAGAAGUGCAUUUUAGUGUCCAUAAUUUAUACUCUUAGGUUUUUUCGGUAAAGUCACGUAGGCAAAAAUAAAUAAUAAAAAUAGAAAUAAUUAUAGAAAUAAAAUUACUAUAAUAGAAAUAAAAUGAUAAAUUUCAUUAUUUAUUAUUUAUUUUCACCUACGUGACUUUACCGAAAAAACCUAAGAGUAUGAAUCCUUGCAGUCACGAAAGCUUCAAAUCUAGAAUGUCCAUAAUUUAACACAACUAAUUAAUUUCCCAUUGUUUACUCAUCCACGUUUCACCUAUAAUGUGCCCUGCCUAUUGUGAUUACAUUUGGUAAGAGCCAAGCUUUUCAUAGGUUUUUAACUUCGUAGUUUUUUUUAUGCGAUUGAUUAAAAGAAAUGGAACAUGAGAUAAACCUUAAAUACUAGGUGAUCAUUAAUUACGUUGAAUGAUCAAUUAAACAGUGUUUAAACAAUUCUGUCUGCAGAAAUGCAAUGCAUAAUUUCAGUUACAUUUUAUUGCGUGUUCUAGCUUGAUCAUUACUUUACCAGGGAAGAUGAUUUUUAUUCUAUUUUGUAGUAUAGGGUUAUUCUCAAAUGUAACCUUUCGAUCACGACAAAGGGCCUUCGUGGUUUCUUUUUAGAAAUUUGUCCCAUGCUGUCUCAAUUCCUGUACGAUUUGGAUAUUGCACCAAAUUCAUGUGUAAGGUUUUGGCUCAAUUCACCAGGCAGAAUGGAUGGAAUUCCAUUCCCCCAUAAAAUCCACCGCCAAUCGGUAGCUGGAGGGAGUGCUGAAGGAGAAUCAAGGCCGUGCUUGCUGCCAUCAGCACACUAUCCAGCCGGUGGCCCGAGUCAACCAAUCAAGGCUUCAUCUCUCCUCCACCAAGGAGCAGAAUAGCAGCGCAAAUCCAAUGGAAGCGUUAAAAGAAACUGAAGGCAAUGUUGAAUAUGAUGAUAAUAAUGAUGAACAAAAAUAAUUUGAUAGCAAUAAUUGUGAUGAUCAACAUGAUAACAAAGCCAAUUAUAAUUUCUAUGACUUUUAUAACUUGCGUUUCUGAAUGUCCAUGGCAUUUCCCGUACAAUUCGAGAGGAACGAAAAUGUGCUCAAAUUAUCCCGGUACUUCUGAAAAUAUUUUUGCACAAUGGAGGCAUCAGGCACAUGAAAUGACAAUGCAAUGUUGGCAGCAGUGGGCAGUGCAUAAAAAUCCACAGCAUGCUGUCAUGUUUAUGCUCAGUCUUCAAGCCACACAGACCAGCAUUUAAGUAUGGCAAAAAUAACCUCCUGAUCCGUAUGACCAACGGGAGGCCCUUAUCCAGCAGUGGAUUGACAAGUACACCAAUUUUCACGUCCACGUUCGUUGCACGAGCUUCAUCCCCCCAGGGUGCAAUUGUCGGGAUUCUGUGCGAUGGAAAAACGUUUCCGCCAACGUUGGCUCAUUCUGCAAUUGUGGUUUGUGCAGUAGCGUAAUGGGCUUUUUAAAAUGGGGAAUUUGCCCCGAAUGAAUUGCAAAAUUUGGAAUGUGGCUGACUUUCCACAAAAACAACUAUUCUGCCAAUAAUAGCUCCAUGAACUGGUUCCAUCGUGUUUUAAUCAAUACAGCAUUAGGAAGGCAUCCUUCGGUGAGGUUAUAGAAAUAGAAAUUAACCGUUGACUCCCUGCACUGAUCCAGUGAUUGUCACAAUAUUCUCAAGGCUAAACAGCGUUCCUACAUCACUUAAAUAAUAAGAUACAGGGUAUAUCGUUAAAAAAAAUGGGAUCAAAUCCUGUUUUAUCAUUAAAACAGGAAAACCUUGUUGAAAACUCACCAUCAUAAUAUGAAGCUUUUUUUGCAAUGCCACCGUUAACAAACAGGUUCAAGAUGAUGCAGUUUUUAUCCGGUGUCUGAAUGCAAGGGAUAUAUUUUCUAAUUGCAAUUGUUUUAAUUUACAAGCACAUCGUGUCAAAAAAUGAGGAGAAAGCCAAUUAGAAAAUGUAUAGGUCUGUUUCUUUUUGUAACAUUUUCUAUAUUUUUACAAUUUCCAAAGACAUCUAAGAAUGUGCGAGCGAUCACUAUAUGAUAUUUCUAGGAAUACGGUUGAUCUUUUUCAGUAAAUGUUUUGAUACAGCUGCUUCAUAUGCAUGUGAUAUAUUUUAUAUUUGACUUAAAAGAUACAAUUUUACAUACAGCAUUCAAGGGAUGCGAUCCAUCUCUGACUUUGUAAACUGGGUUAAUCUUUUUUGAAAUGACCAAAGGUAAAUGUUAAACAUGAAAUAUGAACAUUUUGGCUCAGUACCCCACUUCAUAAAUGUUCUGACAAUCUGUCUGGCUUCAAAGCAAGAAAGAAAACAUGUUUUUACAAUUAAACAUGAAUAAGUUGCACUUUACAACUAUCGGUCUGCCAGUACUGUAUAUAUUAGGAGGAAAGACAAGUUUGCAAAAAUUAGCCGAUUUCAAGUUAAGCAAGUCAUGAAACCAUACUUCUCACACACUGAUGAAGUAAAUGCGCAAUUUAAUGUUCUUUUUACAUUGUACAAGAAUAAAGUGUGGUCGAAUGACAGUCACGUGACUGUUGUUGUGAGGAAGCAUGCACAACUAUCGUGGAAGUUGUUGAACACUAGUGGGGGAAAAGACGUUUUCUGUUAUCAUUGCAUAGAUUUACUUACAGAAUUUGAAGACAAACUUGAUAAAUUUAAUUUUGCAUCAGAGAUGAUGGUAAAAUACCAGAAGUAAAGCUAAACUGGAUUGGUUUUGCUACACGGCGAUUUCCACAUGCAUCCCAUGGUUUUUUUUUAAGAAAUGAAACAUACAUUUCAAUGUGUUUACCCGUCUGUGCUGGUUCCUGGGUUGCGUAAAGUGAGUUUUGAAUGGACAGCGGACUUGGUCGUAACACGUGCCAACAAGGACACUAUUGAUUUUGAUGUUGAAGUUCUGUGCAAAACUAGCUACUACUGGCCAAGACUCGGGAAUCUAUCGAAAUUGAAAGAAAUAAAAAUAAUUUUAACCGUUCGGAUAGCCACCGACUUAUUGCUUCGUGGAAGCGAAUCAUCAAAUAAUACAUUGUUUAAAUGCAUGCUUAUACAGGGCACGAUACUUCAAUAGGGAUUACUGUUGGUACGGCUAUUUUAAUACACACAAUGGACAGGAAGGACAAGAUCAAAGGGCUCGCAUAAUGCACAUGCAUAAUGUACGUUGACUCAUUAAUCCCCCCCACCCAACUUUGCGCACGAGAGCAGAAGCGUGGUCACCACAUCUACGCCUCUAUAUGAGGAACGAAACAGGUGGACUUCUCCACAAAUCUGGCUGUCGCCUGAUGAAGCUAGUUGUAAUUACUGGCGAAACGUCGUACUCGGAUUGUAAAUGUUGUGGCUUGGCUCUCCAACACACUGGUGUGCUGUACUAGUGACGAAUUGGCAUGUUAUAUUUACGUGACAACCCUUACUAGUUGGCUGUCGGGUGGUGGCGGGUUUAACGACACAUUUAUAUAUUUACGCGAUCUAACCCAAACAAACCUCUAUUAUGAACGUUAGUAUUAGUGCCUUUGUCCCCACACACAGUGUACAAUGCAAUGUCUGUAUGCCACACUACUGUGCUCAUAGCUCACCGUCAGGGCUCAUAGGUCUCAACUGCAUUGUUCUGUAAAGCCCCUGGUAUCUGCCAUCGUUAUAAUUCUGUGACUUGUCUAUGCAAUGUAUUGUGCUAUAAUGAUACAAGUUGUAUCAUAACUUAAACAUUAAUGUUAAAUUUGUAUGCCGAUUCAAUAAAAGUGAUUUUCAAGCAUAUUUAG